AAAUUAUAAUGCGCCAUUUGAGACAUUCCCAAACCCAAGAGGCCCCUUUGAGAAAAUACCAAUUAAUAAAUUCCUCUGCUUCUAUCCCUCUCUCUCUAGCUGUUUCUCUUUCUCUCAUGCAGGACCUUGCUCAUGUGCAUCAAAUCUAGCUUUCUUAAGGAAUUAGCUAGCUAGUACAAAAACUACUAAAGCUUUCUGCUGGGCAAAAGCACAAACACCUGGCGGGCGCACCUUUCUGGAGGUGGAUAUGCUUGCGGUGGAACAACGGCGAGGGUCCAACGGCGAGGAAGGCGCUCCGGGAAUGUUCCUCAGCGGCGGGGAUGAGACCUUAGACGACGAGGCGUUCCUCGACGACAUCAACUUCGGGGACCUCUUCAUGGGGAUCGACGUCGAUGGGGACAUGCUGCCGGAGCUGGAGCUGGAUCCGGCAGAGAUCUUCGCGGAGUUCCCGGUGGGAAGCGCAGAGGCUGAGGAGUCGGCCGCCGAUGGCCUAGUAGUCGAGGCCGCGGUCGUAGAGGGGGAAAAGGAAGCGACCCGGGGCGAUGAGAUGGUAAAGCGAGAGGGCGAUAAGAACCGUAAGCCAUCGCCGUCGCAGGGGAAGCGCAAAGCAAAGGUGGACUGGACGCCGGAGCUUCACCGGAGGUUCGUUCAGGCGGUGGAGCAGCUGGGGAUCGACAAGGCCGUGCCCUCGAGGAUUUUAGAACUCAUGGGGAUCGACUGCCUCACUCGCCACAACAUCGCAAGCCACCUUCAAAAAUACCGAUCGCAUCGGAAGCAUUUGCUGGCACGGGAGGCGGAAGCCGCGAGCUGGAGCCAACGGCGGCAGAUCGGAGGCGUCGGUGGCGGGGUGAAGAGGACGGCGGACAUCACCCCGUGGCUGGCUCCGACAAUCGGGUUCCCUCCUCGGCAUCCGCCACUGCCGACGCAACUCCAGCCGCCCUUCCGUCCGCUCCACGUCUGGGGCCAUCCGACGGUGGGGGAAACCGCACCGAUGACCCCUCCCCACGUGUGGCUCCCGCAUCGGUCCCCUACGCCGGCGCAGCCCUGGGCGGCAGCUCAGCCUCCGGUGGAUCCUUAUUGGCACAACCACCACUACUCAAGAGGAAUGGUUCCACGGGCUGUGACGCAGGGAACGCUUUGCUUUCCUCAGCCGUUACCCACGCCGAGAUUUGCCGGUGCGACGGUGCCAGGAAUACUUCCGCAUCAUCCAAUCUAUAGGGAGAUUCCUUCCCCUCCUCUCACCAACUCAAAACUACAGCCAGAUGCUCAUCCUUGGUUAGAAAGCAUUGAUGCGGCUAUCGAAGACGUUUUAGCAAAGCCAUGGCUGCCGCUGCCUCUAGGCCUGAAGCCCCCCGCAGCGGACAGCGUGCUGGUAGAGCUGCAGCAGCAUGGCGUCUCGACAGUUCCACCUUCUCGUGGCUGAAUACCGAACAGUACACAUGCAGAUUUACGUGUGCUACGUACGAUCGAAAAUCCGUCGACAUGGACUUCUUCCUUCUAGACUACUUUUUCUAGCAUGGAACAUAAACGCAAAUACUCGCUGUCUCCGGCAAUGCUUAAGCAUAAAAAUGUACGAGUAGCUUAAUAAUAUAAUGGUAGGAGCUCCUGCCCAGUGAUUUUGAUGAACAAUUAAUUUUGAGUGAGUAAACUGAUGUCAUGACUAAGAAUGUUUGGUUAAUAAACUUUUAGUAAGUACUUUCUAAUU